AUGGCAGAUCGUCUUGCUAGAGAGGCCAGAAGACACGCAGAAGCAACUCGUCAGAGAGAAGGCGAACAGAGAUCGUCAGACCCUGAGCGCAGAAGAGCCGCCGCUGCUGCCAUGGAGUCUAUGGCCGGACCCGAUCCUGCGCCAUCAUCGGCUCGCGUCUCAGAGGCUCCUCGAGGUGAAGCACCUUCUAGACAACGAUCUCAAUCGCAGUCAGCACAACAAGUUCCCAAGGGCCAACCUACCUCUGGACACAGAAGAUCUCAAACCACCUCACAGCCUGGACUACGUGUGUCUUCAGCUCCUGACCCUCCUCAAACCACUCAGUCCCGAGAUUUCGAAUCAGAAGACGUACCUCAGUCGGGCACACACUCGUCAUUUCCGCAUGCAUUCGAGAGAUGGGAAAACUUGUCGUCGCAUUGGGAGGGACUCACAUCUUAUUGGCUUCGCAAAAUCGAGGGCAAUUUCGAGGAGAUUCGCCAUACCAUCCCGUCUGCUGCUUCUAUGCAACGUCAAAUUCAAGAUCUCUCAGCAGCUGGCGCCAAUCUUUUUCACGGCUUGGUCGAGUUGCAACGCCUUCGCGCCAGCUCUGAGCGCAAAUUUAAGAGAUGGUUCUUUGAGAUGAGGGCUGAGCAGGAGAAGUGGCAAGAAGAUCGUGCUGAUUUGGUUGGCCAAAUCAAUGCCGAGCGCGAUCUCAAAGAGCAAGCAGAACGCACCAUCGAGAAGAUGCGCAAAGAGGUUCUCCUUGAGAAGAACCGUGCGAAUGAAGACCGCAGAGAAUUGCUCAUCGCCAAAGCCGAAGCCAGACGUGCUUGGGAGAGUCUUGGUGACAUGGAAGCCAAGAACUCGGAGAUCAUGACCAACCUUCGUCAGGGCAUUCCUACCAACAUUGGCGGUAUUCAGGUCGUCCCUAUGCACGCUGCCAGCACCCAGGAGCCUGAGCGUCGUCCUACCACUGCCGCCACCACUGGUCAGAAUCCCCAGUACCACCAGGUCAGAUCGCAACAGCCUCAACAGACUCACCACGUUCAACAACAGUACCAGCCUAUCGUUCCCGACAUCCAGUAUCAGGAGGAUGAGCCUUCUCCCACCAACACUGAUCCCUUCACCGAGUCUGUUAGAGCUGGUCAGCAACUCCACCACGAGCCUGACAUGCAGCAGCUCGAGUCCGAUGCGCGCCAGCCUUACCCUUCGGGCAGCACUCCCGCUUCGACUUCCACUGCUCGUACUGCCAUCUCGCCUCGUCAACAACACCGUGACAUCUCUCCUCAUGAAGUCUCACCUCUUUCUCCUAAUGUCACUACCACUCGUCCUGUCAUUCAACCUAGCCAGGCGGCCACCUCAGGUCCGCUCGGUGACCAGCCUGAACUCUUCUACCAGCAGCCUCCUGCUAGGGUGUUCCUCCACUCUUCGCCUGGAAGCGGUACUGCACGUUCCAAGACCCCUGUAGCUGAGGCUGUACAAGGCACUCGCGAUCUGGGCUCGCGUCCCUCGUACGAGUCUGAUACCACCGAGGGCACAGAGUAUGAAAUUGACGAGCAUGGCGCUGUCCGUCGUGAUGCUCAGGGCCGCCCUGUAGUCUAUCGCCCUAAUCGCGGCGCCGGUCAAAGCACCAGCCACGUUUCUUCCGAAGAAUACGACACUGCUGCUGAUGUAGCCCGUGAGCGCGAGCUUGCCGCUCGCUAUGGUGUGGGCAUGCCUCCUUCUCAAAUUCCUCGCGCUCCCACUAGCAGUGCUGAGGCUAUGGCAUCUUUCGCCACCUCAACCGCCGACGACAUCGAAUCUGCCGGCUACCGUGACGCCGAGCCUGCCGACUAUGAGGGUGCAGGUUUUGGCAGUGACUGGGAAGCUCUGCAGAGCAGACAUCAUCACCCUACUCGUCUCUCGGACGUUCUCGAAGAGGAUGAACGCAGUCGCACCACUGCUGAAUAG